CUUCUGUUUGUCGCCAGGAUCAGGCAGCUUGGCAACCUGCCCCACACAAGCUCUCACCAACCCUUUACACCCAAGACAUCAAGAUAGUACAAGCUCGUCAAUUUUUAAUACAGAUCACUGUCAAGAUGCCUCCACGUUCUGCCGCCGUCAUUGACGACUCGCCUACUGCUCUUACAAUCAUACUCAAGCACGGCAUUACCAGCGUCUUCCUCUUUGCGUCUCCAUCAUGGACCUUUGAGAAGCUCUCCGCAAAUCUUCUUGAGGUCUUGCGUGACCGCUAUCCAGAGGGCGUGCCCAAAUCUACCGAGAAAGAAUCCACCAUUACGCCCAUUCCAACUGAAGACGCCCACGUCAGAGUCGUGUUUGGCACGCCCAGAGAUGCCGACGACUACACCAGGGGGUUCAAGAAGUUUGACGUGAGCCCGGAGGAUACUUUGGGCAAGAAGGGGUUGAAGAAGGUUAGCACUCUUGCGUUUGCGCUGCUGGAACCAGACCAGGAUGAGGACGAGCCAGUCAAGUUUGAGGUCGCCUUUCCAAUCAACGAUGUCGAGGCCUAAACAUUCCUGGCGUGCACGAAGGAGGGUGGUUCUAGGUCUAAAGGAGCAUCAUAUGCGAGUUUGGCGUUCUCUUAGCUGGUGUUGGGGCUGCAAUUGCAUUGAUAUCAUGGUGUUUGGUGUUUCUUAGCCCAGAGAGCAAAUGACAGUAAACCAUUAUACCGUCGUUGGCACGGCUGUUGCCGAAUGCUACAAAAGC